AUGAAAACGACUUUACUACUAGUUAUUGCUUGGAUUUCGGUAUGCCAAUCUGCUAGCCGAAAUUUGAUUACACUUACCGAAGAAACAUGGACCGACAUAUUGAGUGGUGAAUGGAUGGUUGAAUUUCAUGCACCAUGGUGUCCGGCUUGCAAAGAUUUACAAAAAGCGUGGCAUGCAUUUGCAGACUGGAGCAAAGAUCUUAAUAUUGAUGUUGCUGAAGUCGAUGUGACCGUAAAUCCGGGAUUAUCUGGCCGUUUUCUUGUUACUGCACUUCCCACCAUCUACCAUGUCAAGGACGGUGUGUUUCGUGCUUAUGUGGGACCUCGUGAUAAAAAUGAUUUUAUCAGUUAUAUCGAGGAAAAGAAAUGGACUUUAUAUGAUCCAAUCCCAAGUUAUAAAUAUCCAAGUUCACCGCAAAUGUCGGUAGUGGCUUGGUUCUUCAAAUUAUCGAUGUUUGUCCGUGACAAGCACAAUUAUUUAGUUGACGAGGUGGGUUUGCCAUCAUGGGCUUCAUACUCCGUAUUUGCUGGUAUAACUUUAACCUUGGGUUGUAUACUUGGAUUUUUCAUUGUUUGUAUCAUUGAUCGAGUUUUCCCUACUUGUGAACAUGUCUACAAACCGGAAAAAAAAUCAACAAAGAAAGAUCAAAAAACUAAAUCUAAAAAGGAUGAAGGAAAGAAAAAAGACGAUGAUCAAUCACAAGAUGACAGGAAUUCUCAAGACGAAGAAUCGGCUGAUGAAAGUGUGCGGAACAGGAAAGGUGCGAAAAAUGAAGUAAAGAAGAAAAACUGA